GCAAAUCUUACUGCGAAACUAAACCCUAGCUUUUUUUUUUCUUAUUAGAUAACUCUUUGUGUAGGGAGGAGAGAUAAUAAUGUCGACCAACUUUGGUUACCUCUACAAUAUUGCGGGAUGGGGCGAACCUUACUUCGUCGUUAACUCCAGCGGCAACAUCUCCGUUAUGAUUAACGGCGUUGAGACCACCUCUGAGGAGGCGAUUGACCUCCUCGCUGCGGUGAAGAAGGCGACUGAGGGGGGUCUCCAGUUUCCGAUCAUUCUCCGCUUCCCCGACGUGCUCAAGCACCGUUUGGACUCGCUCCAUACGGCCUUCGCGAACGCCAUUAAGUAUACCGCUUACACCUCCUACUAUCAAGGGGUGUUUCCCGUAAAGGUAAAUCAGAACAGGGACGUGGUGGACAAGCUGAUCAGUUUAGGGAAGGACUACAACUUCGGGCUGGAGGCCGGGUCGAAGCCGGAGCUCCUUCUCGCCAUGAACAGCCUUAUCAACGGAAGCCCGAAGGCGUACCUGGUGUGCAACGGCUACAAGGACAUGGACUACGUCUCCCUCGCCCUCGUGUCACGCAACUUCGAUCUCAACACAAUCAUCGUGCUCGAGUUGGAGGAUGAGGUCGACACGGUGGUGGCGGCGAGCAAGAAGCUCAAUAUCCGCCCCGUGCUCGGCAUCCGUGCGAGGCUGCUCACCACCAACCCCGGCCACUUUGGGUCCACCUCGGGCAAGCACGGCAAGUUCGGCCUCUUGGAGGACCAAAUCUACGCCGUCGCAGAGACGCUUAAAGAAAAUAACAUGCUCGAUUGCCUCAAACUACUCCACUUUCAUAUCGGGUCGCAGAUCCCGACCACAUCCAUCAUCGGCAGCGCAGUGCGCGAGGCUACCGGGUACUACUGCAACCUGGUGCAGAUGGGGGCGCCGAUGGGCACCCUGGACGUCGGCGGGGGGCUCGGGAUCGACUACGACGGGACGCGGUCCGGUGAGUCGGACAUGUCGGUGGCGUACGGCUUCGAGGAGUACGCGUCGACGGUGGUGCAGGCGGCGAGGCUCGUGUGCAACCAGAAGGCCGUGGCGCACCCGGUGCUGUGCAGCGAGAGCGGCCGCGCCCUCGUGUCGCACCAGUCGAUCCUGAUAUACGAUGCACUGGUGGCCGUGGAGGAACCCAGCGACUCGCUCACAUCCGACGAAUUAAUCAGCCGCCUCGACGAUCUCGUCGGAAACCCGACGACCCUUCACGCCAACCUGAAAUCCGCCGUCCGAUCGAGGGACGGCAGCAACAAUGACGCCUCCUUAGUCCACGCGGACCAGCUCAAGAAGCACGGGGUCGAGAUCUUCAAGCUCAGCAGACGCCUGGCGAAGCAGUUGGAGGCGGCCGGGGAGAAGACCUUCGCGUACCACAUGAACCUGUCGGUCUUCUCGCUCACGCCGGACUUCUGGGGGAUCAAGCAGCUGUUCCCGAUCAUGCCGAUACACCGGCUGCAGGAGAAGCCGACACAGAAGGGCACGCUCCUCGACCUCACGUGCGACAGCGACGGCAAGGUCGACCUGUUCAUCGGCGGGGCCCAGACUCUCCCCCUGCACGACGUAAAACAAAGCGGCGGCGGGUACUACAUCGGCACGUUCCUGGCGGGGGCGUACCAGGAGGCGCUGGGGAACAAGCACAACCUGUUCGGCGGGCCGAACUUGGUUCAGGUGGAGAGCGCCGGGAGUGCCGGGGGAUUCACCGUGGCGUUCGUUGGGGCCGGGCCCACCGCCGCGAAUCAAUUGCAAUCGAUGCAUUACGACCCCGCUGAGAUGGCGAAGGUGAUCGCCGACCGGGCGAAAGAGACCGGGCACUGGACGGAGACGGAGCAGACGCUCGUAACUAAGGUGUUCGGCACUAUGCCUUACCUCUUCGGUGAGCUGUAGGUCGAUCGGCGUUAUGCAUGCGAUCUGCAGGACGUGUUACCUACGCGGUGUUAAUUUAGUGUGUUUAAAUAAAGUGGCCUUGUCGUGUUAGGCCCGACUUUCGUGUGUUCAUGCAUGUCGUUUUUUUUUUUCUUUUUUUCCCCCUCCCACUCUCUUUACACAAUGUCUGGGAAAAUGUGGUUGAUGAGAGGCUCGUGUAUGCCUUUGAGAAUGAGAAGUUGGUUUGCCAAUUUUUCUGAUACUA